CUGAGGCCUGUAUCCUGCCUUGAUUGACUUUUCUUGAAGUAUUAUAAAUCAGGAUGUCUGCACAGUCCGUGGAAGAAGAUUCAAUACUUAUAAUCCCAACUCCAGAUGAAGAGGAAAAAAUACUGAGAGUGAAGUUGGAGGAGGAUCCUGAUGGUGAAGAGGGAUCGAGCAUCCCCUGGAACCAUCUUCCUGAUCCAGAGGUUUUCAGACAGCGAUUCAGGCAGUUUGGAUACCAGGAUUCACCUGGGCCCCGUGAAGCUGUGAGCCAGCUUCGAGAACUUUGCCGUCUAUGGCUCAGGCCAGAGACACACACAAAAGAACAAAUCUUGGAGCUGGUAGUGCUGGAGCAGUUUGUUGCCAUCCUGCCCAAGGAACUGCAGACCUGGGUUCGAGAGCAUCAUCCGGAGAACGGAGAGGAGGCAGUGACAGUGCUGGAGGAUUUAGAGAGUGAGCUAGAUGACCCUGGACAGCCGGUUUCUCUCCGUCGACGAAAACGGGAAGUUCUAGUAGAGGAGAUAGUAUCUCAAGAAGAAGCUCAGGGAUUACCAAAUUCUGAGCUGGAUGCUGUGGAGAACCAGCUCAAGUGGGCAUCCUGGGAGCUCCAUUCCUUAAGGCACUGUGAUGAUGAUGGUAGGACUGAAAAUGGAGCUCUAGCUCCAAAGCAGGAGAUUCCUUCAGCGGUAGAAUCUCACGAAGUUCCGGGCACUCUCAAUAUAGGUGUUCCUCAGAUUUUUAAGUAUGGAGAAGCCUGUUUCCCCAAGGGCAGAUUUGAAAGAAAAAGAAACCCCUCUCGAAAGAAACAACAUAUAUGUGAUGAAUGUGGAAAACACUUCAGUCAGGGCUCGGCCCUCAUUCUCCAUCAAAGAAUCCACAGCGGGGAGAAACCCUACGGAUGUGUUGAAUGUGGGAAAGCAUUCAGCAGAAGUUCUAUCCUCGUGCAGCACCAGAGAGUCCAUACUGGAGAGAAACCCUACAAAUGUCUUGAAUGUGGAAAAGCCUUUAGCCAGAAUUCUGGGCUGAUUAAUCAUCAGAGAAUCCAUACUGGGGAGAAACCUUAUGAAUGCGUUCAGUGUGGGAAAUCUUACAGUCAGAGCUCAAAUCUUUUUAGACAUCAGCGAAGACACAAUGCAGAAAAACUUCUGAAUGUUGUGAAAGUUUAA